GCAAUAUAAAAACCAGUAGUCAUUUAUUUAUAAAAACCAUAAAAAAUGUCGUUAAAAAUUGAGCUUAGGGAUGAAGAACAAGGGGUAACAUACACUAUUGGAGUAAGUCAGGAAGAAUUUAAUGAAAUUGUAGUCAAUGGAAGUAAGUAAAAGAACAUAAAUUGAGUGUACCUACAUUUAAAUUUGAAGGAUUAAAAAAUGUUUAAAAAAUUUAGUAAAUUAGAAAGUGUAAAGAUUAAAUUUCCUUUUAGAUUUAACUCUUGCUACAGAGCUGCUUCAGCAACAGCAAGAGAGGGACAAUUUCAAAAAAGCCUUUGAAUUUGUCCAUGAUAUUGAUGAUACUCCUGAAUGUUCUUCUGUCUCAACCUCAAGAACACAAAAAGAGGCCAUUAAGGAGAAUUGUGUGGACAAUAGAAUUGAAAGCAAUAAUUCAUCUAUUCAACGUGAUGGUAUAGGACAAGAUAUACAAGUAGGAGAUCUACCAAUCCAAGAGACCAGUAAACUUUGGACUGACGAGGCUACAUUAGCUUUGAUCGACAUGUAUAGGAAGUAUGAACAAAGAUUUGAUUCUGGGGUAAAGAAAUAUGUCUGGAGUAAGAUUGCUCGUGAGUUGACUGAGAAACUUGGCUCCCAAUAUAACAUCCAGCAAUGCGAUACCAAGUGGAAAGUCUUGAAAAACCAAUAUAAAUCAGUUAAAAAACACAAUGACCAGUCGGGCAAUAGCAAAAAAAACUGGAAAUUUUUUGAUGUCAUGAAUGACAUUUUGUUUAAAAGGCCCGAAAUUCAAUCCCCAGCUACAUGCUCUAGCAGAACAGGCAUGAAUGUUCUGGGUGAAAUAACCAAUGCUGUGGAAGGAGCAGUUAUAGCCAAUAAUCCAGUAGAGCCCCUGGCAGAACCGAACAAUACUUCUACUCCUAGUACAUCUAGAUACCAGUCUUCGUUUAUGCGAAAAAGAAAAGCUGCAGAAAAUGCAAUAGAAAGGCGGCAUAGAGAAAAAAUGACUAGGCAAGACCGGUAUCUAGACUUACUAGAGAGGUUGACAUCAGCUGUGGAGAGGAGUACUCCAGCAGCCAACACAAAUAAUUCCGAGAAUAAUUCUGACAGUGAGUGAACUGACUAUUCCCUAUUGGCCAAUGAAAAAAUGCCAAAACUUACUAAUUUUUUUCUAGUUAUAAUUACAAUGUUCCUUGUUUUAGUUCAAUUGAGGAGGUUUGAAACAAAACCGAAUAAAUCCAUUUUUUAUAAAAAAUUAGUUAGCGACGAAUAUUGGUUCAUCUUGCUGAAUUACAUCAUAUCAGCUAAAUAUUUGCGUGCAAAAACAAAUAAAUCCUACUUAAUUUUAAUGGCAAUAUUGAUGUUUUCAUGCAAAACCAAAAAAAGAAAUGAGUGUGACUAGAAGAAGAGUUUGCACUUCAUAUUUAAAUGCACCCUUGGUUUUGCUGUUAGUUAACAAAAUGCCAUAAUGUUUCUGUUUGUAUUAGUAGUAAGAAUAACACUUUUGUUAAUUUUUUCUAAUAAAGUUGUGAGCAAAAUCAAAUAAAUCCAGUUAUUUCAAGCAAAACCAAAUAAAUCCAUUUUUGUUUUUAAUUUAUUUUGAACUAAAAAAUAUUUUUUUUAAAUUUAUAUUCUAGC